AUGGAAUUUGGCAAGGAAAUUGAAUUUGAUCUCAAAGCGGAUAUCUGCUUUAUCUUGGUCAUCGGGAGCUUAUUCGGACUGAUCUCAGAUGUUGACUGUGCGGCUUAUGAAAAAUCUCCUAGGAGCACUCGAAGUGCUACUAAAGAUAACAGCGACGGAUAUGGAGCUGCCGCCAAUUAUAAUUUCCAGUACGCCGUGACCGACGGUGGAAACGGUAAUGAUUUUGGUCACGAAGAAGAAAGGAAUGGACUCACCACCAAAGGAAGUUAUCGCGUCCUCCUCCCAGAUGGUAGAAUGCAGGUUGUGACCUAUACGGCAGAUGAGGGUGGAUAUAGAGCUCAUGUCACGUACGAAAAUGUGGGUGGGAGUGGUGGUUCUGGAAGUGGAGGCUAUUCUUCACCAAACCCAGCACCCUCAGCUCCCUACGGUCCCCCAGUAAAAUCAUCCGACACUGCGACUUCUGCUUCUUCUUCCGCCACUAGUAAAGCCUACGGUGCUUUACCUACGACCACGACCUCCUCCACUUCAAAUUCAGCGUCACAGCGUUCAUCUUUUGGUCAACGGAAUUCUGGAUCUUUCGUCAAACUGAGACGGAAUAUCAAGGGUCAACCUCACAACUAUAAUUACACAUUCUAA